UUCGCUUUACCUACAUUAAUAAAAUUACUUUUUAUUGUAACAUAAUAUUCGCUGCCAUUCGCCCGGCGGGAGUACGUCAAAGUUUAGGUUUGGGGGAGAUUAGGCAGAGGACGAUGUAGUAGGUUGUAGGUAACAGGCAGUGGUAGGUACGAGGUAGAAGGUGGUAGGUCGCCUCCACCUCGUAGGUUGCGUAGAGAGGCGAGCGAGUCGUCGUAGUCAGCGGGGCGCGUAGGUAUUAGGUAUACCCCACUAUACUAGGUCGUUGGUUGUUGGUUGGCGAAGGUUGAGGAGAGGUACGCGACGAAGGUUCGGCUUGUGCUCGGAGACGCGGCUGUCUGUCGGCUGGCCAGCUCGCGGAUGCAGGUGACUGACUGACGCUUCUUCUACGGCAGUCCUUUCGAACAACGUACAACACAUACACACUGUACACCCACACAUCGUACCUGCUUACGCAUGUACGUUUUUUUCCAUCAAUUUGAUUUUUCAAUAAAUCGCAUCAUAUGCAUUCACCCACCGACCGACUGACAACGCCGCUGAUAACCGUUGUUGCAUCCCAAAUUCAGAUUGAUUAAACCAGAGGUGGCCACAUGGAAGGCGCUUUAGAAGAGUCUGCGGUCAAGGACCUACCUCGGGACGAUCCUGAUGCUAAGACUGUCAAAGACACUAUUAUUACAAACGGUUUAAACGGUAACUGCGAACCCGAUGAAACUGUUGAGGAGCACAACGAAUCCAACGACGAGUGCGAGCCCCUAUCCAAGAAUGUUACGGAUGACGAAGCGGUCGACAAUGUGGUGGAAGAAACGCCGCAGGAGGACCCAGGGGAUGACGUAGAACCGAUGGAAACUGAUGCUGAUGCUGGCAUUGUAGAAUCUGAAGAAAUAGAAGAGGAUCAUGCUGAAGAUAUUCUGGAAACGAAAACCCAGAGUGAACAGCCUGAUGAAAAAGAUCCCAAGGAGGACAACGACGUUGUUAGGAUAAUGGAGACUGAGAGUGGCGACAAUGUUGAAAAUUCACUGGAUGGCGCUGAAAAUGUCGCUGAUCAUAUAAGUGAAAUGGACGAUAUUAGUGAAGUGUCUGAAUCUGAGGAUAAGUGCGACAGAGUUGAAAGCGAACAUCGGAUGGAAGUUGACGAUGAACAUAAUAAUACCUCUGACGUAGAAUGCCUGGAUGAGUCUGUGACUGAGAUAUAUGCCGAGGGUGAGGAUUUGUCGAGAGUGAAAAAGGCUGAUGGUAAUGACCUCAAAGAGUCAUCAGGGGAUCAGAAAAUGGCUGGCGAUAGCGGCGGUAAAUUGGAUGGCAGCUUGGGUACUUCAGAUGUUAUUACAUGCGAAGAAAAUGGGAGCUGUAGUAGCCCAGAUAUUGAGGAGAUAACGGAAACGAAAAGCAAUGGUCGUAAUUCGCCACCAUUGAAUGAUAAGCAGUUGAAAGAUAACAAUGGCACUACCAAAGGUAAAAAAGUGAGAAAAUCUUUGGAUUUGAGCAAUAUUACACCAAGGCGGAGUACAAGGAAUAUCAAAAGGACCAGUUAUAUUGAGAAAGAGCUUGAGGAGGAGGAUGUCGAUGAUGACGGGUCUGACAUCGAGGAAAUUAAACCUGAGGAUCCCCUCGCUGGUAUAGACAGUAAAGAUAAAGAGAAUUCUAAGGUUAAAUCACCAAUUAAAAAUAAUAACAAGACUACCAUUGUUGUUAACGAUACUAAGAGAUUAGUAGAAAUAGCUGCCGGUAGCAAAGCAUCUAAAGGAGGCAAAAAGGAACCCACUUUAGUCAUUAUUGAUACAAAUUCAAUACUUUCGGGGAGAGGCGGUGUACCCGUUAGCACAAAGUCUCAUCAUCAUCAUCACCAUUCGGCCACCACCUCCUCCACCAGUUCCUUUUCUGUCAUGCCUAUGGGUGUUCCGACACAGGCCAUGUAUCCCAAUAUGCGGGCGACCAUCACCCCUGUGCCAAUGACACCAAAAAAUGUACAAUGCAGUCCAAAACCUACCAGCUGUACAAACGCUACAGCGACACCGAUCCCGCAGAUCUUACCAACGCUUACCGACGACAUGUUUGUUGUUGAAGCACCGUCCUUCAUUGUACCUUAUGUGUAUGAGAAGCCGCCUAUUAGACCUCUCAAAGACUUUGUUACCAAGUUGGAGAAGAGUAUCGAGGAAAGAGAGAAGGAGGAUAAGCUUCGAAAGCUAGAGGAGGAGAAAAAACGCGAAGAAAGUAAGGACCAGGAAAAAGAGGAGAAAGAUAAGGAUAAGGAAGAUGAGGAAGAUAAAGAGGUCGAGAUCAAGGAAGACGAUAAAAAUGUAAUUAGUGAAAACGAAGGUGAUAUGAAGUGCAAGAAGGAUGGAACCUCGGAAGAAUCAGCCGAUUCACCUGACAAAAGAACAAUAACGUUAGACGAUAAACCUGAUGAAAAAUUGAAUAAAAUACCAACGUACUUUGACUUACCUUUGGGUAAAUUUUUCAUGCAAAUCGGAGUUAAUCUCGUACAAGAAUUCGUGCAGACGGAUCUCUUGCGAACUCAAAAACGUAAGCGGGGAAAGGGUAGUACAUCAACUGAGACUCAGAUAGCUAUAAAUUCGCUAAUCAAGAAUCUAGAAUUUAGUAAGGAAAAUAACGAGCCAUUCCAUUUAGAAAUGAAGAAGUGCGAGUUCUGUAAUUUUAAAACAGAAUCAGCCCUUGUCAUGCAGCAUCACCUUGAGACACCUCAUAUGCGGAAUUACGUUUACAAGUGUAACUUUUGCCCCCUCGAAGUACGCAGCCCCCACGACAUUCUAUUUCAUAUGGAAGCUGAGCACAAUACGAGAGGUAGACUCGAACGUGGUCCAGCUUUUCACCAAUGUCCUAAUUGUCCAUUUGAGGAUAACCAGAAGGGUAAACUAACGAGGCAUAUUCUUGCCUGUAACAAGAAGUUCAGACCUGAACGAAACCUAGAACCUGCCACUGACUGGGAACCUCCAGCUAAAAUACCUCGAAUGAACAGAGCUCGACCUGUUGGCACUCCCAGUUCGAAUGCUCUUGCAAUGGCAAUGAGUGGCAAGGGCCAGGCUCCACUUCUACCCAAACUCCUUCCUGCGCCAGUUACCGGUCGAGGAAGAGGGCGACCUCCUAUGCAGCCGCGAUAUCCAGAUUUGAAACUAAGGCCAGGCAGUACGCCCAUUAGACAAGACAAUGUUGCAGGGAUGAUGUAUCGGCCAACGUCCUCCGGACUUUUACUACCAACAUCCUAUCAAUUUGGAAAUAAUCAAUUGUUCCAGGUAAUGGGUGGCUCUGGGACUGCCGCGUCCGCUGUGGGGGUGCUUGGCAGUGAGGGCAGCAGUUCUGGCCGGCCCACACCCAUCGCCCUUGUACCCAACAUAGCCACUCCUCAGUCUAGGUUGCUCUCUUUACAGAACACAUCAAGUAGUUCAAAAAGUCCUGCAGCCAAACUUCUAAGUCAACCGAGUAUAUCGAUAACACCACUGCCUCGUUCCACGAACCAAACGCCCAGUCUUGGUUCGGGCACUUCGUCGAAAUCUGGUGGAAAAAAUACAUUCGUUAUAUGUGAAAUAUGUGAUGGAUAUAUCAAAGACUUAGAGCAGCUUAGAAAUCACAUGCAGUGGAUUCACAAGGUGAAAAUACAUCCAAAAAUGAUUUACAACAGACCGCCAUUGAACUGCCAAAAGUGUCAGUUUCGCUUCUUUACGGAUCAGGGGCUAGAAAGACAUUUGCUCGGAUCUCAUGGACUUGUAACAUCCAGCAUGCAGGAAGCAGCAAACAAGGGCAAAGAUGCUGGACGUUGCCCAGCUUGUGGCAGGGUUUAUCAAUGGAAGCUGCUAAAUCAUGUAGCUCGCGAUCACGGGAUGACGUUAAAACCUGCACAUCUAUCGUAUAAGUGUACAGUGUGUACAGCGACAUUUGGAAUGUAUAAGCAGUUUGAGAACCACGUUUAUUCGGCGCACAGUGUCGUUGCAAAACGAGUCAUGGAUAAGAAAAAUACUCCAUCGUCACCAUCGUCUAGGUCAAACGAUUCUCUCCUAAAACCAUUGAAAAUUAACGACGAAAUCACUAUUAUUCCACAACCAGCAAAGCCGACGACCAGGUCCGGUGCUGCUCAAACUAGAGGCAAAUAACAAUGAUCAGUGGAGUGAUAUAUGCAUCUCAUUUUAUCGGAUUUCAUCUAAUAUAACAUUUGUGGUACUCCAUGUACAAUGAUCAUUACUCUAGUACACAAUUGAGGGAGACGCAGAGGAUCACCGUUCCCGUGUAUACGUGCGUAUAAUGCAUCAUUACAUGCUUUAUGAAGAUACACAGAAAUCAUUAUGACACUUGAUAAAAUCUACAUUUUUUCGGCGAAAUAAUACCUAGUUGACUGCGUAAUAAUAUUCCAACAAUAAUUAUACCGAAAUAUUUAUUUAAGAAUUUUUAUUGUUGUUAUCGGACAUGCAUCAAAUAGAUUGUAAAAAAAAACAAAGAAAAAAAAAUGAAAAAAAGGAAAAAGUUAACAUUAAAAGGGUGGCCUUCACUAUAAAAUUCCUUGGUUAAUCCCGGAGACGUCUAUUCCCAAUAUGCGCAUCUGUUAUAUUUAUAAUUACCUAUUAAUCGAUUUUAAAACAUAGACAUAUAAAACGGAGAAUACGAAGAACAAUGCCGGACAUUCUCUCAAGAAGGAAAAUAUCUCCAAAAGAAAAAAAAACUCAAUGGUUUAUGGGAGAAGAAGUCUAAAUAUACUCAAAGUAACGGAGUCGUGUCAUUAAUAAAAGUGGUAAACAUUUCAGUUGUAAUCUUGGAAGUAUAGCAACAUAUUGAUUACACUACCUUUGAAUUAAAUCGUCGGUGCAUGAAAUAUGUUCUACGUAUGAAAAAUCGUCUUCGAUCGAGUAUCAGACAGUCAGUCGGUUGUGUCUCGACUCAUGUUUACACAAACGUGUUUCAACAUACGUAGCGCGCUGGUAUUGCUGUAAGUGAUUGAGUACGGUAACUCUAAUAUCAUUGAUAAUUUUCAUUAAUUCCACCAGUAUAUUUUUCUAUCUUAACGAUAUAACAGCAAGUGUGUGUUUUUUUUUUUUUUUUUUUUUCCCUCCCUCGCGCUUAAUUAGAAAAUAAUAUCGAUGAUAAUGUUACUAUUACAUAGAAUUGCGUAUGGAAUAAUUUAUGGAUGUGUAAUGUCAUGGGGUAACUGGAGCUGUAAAUUGUACCUACUAUUAUAAGUUGGACUAUCGUAGGGUCCCCGUACAUAGGUAUAUAGUUAAUAAAAUAAAUAUCCAGUUUUAUUUUUGCGCUCUUUUUAAUUAUGAAAAAAAGAACAACAAA